AUGUUUGACAGUGAGAGAUCAGAGACACCUGAAGUUAUUUAUAACAAUGUAGAUACUGUAGGACGUCUUGAUCUGAGGAUCACAGAAAAACAGCAGCCACUUCGACACACAGGAAGUGUCUCAGUGAAGAACAGAAAGCACGCAGCACCUAUAGUGUGUUUGUGUCUGCUGUGUUUUCUUCUGCUGAUUGCUGUAAUAGUGCUGUGUGUGUGUUUCACCUCCGAGAGAAAGCAGUUAUUAACUCACAUCACUAACCUGACUGAGGAAAGAGAGCAUAUUCUCACCAAAUAUGAGCAGAUACUGAACCACAUCAAUAAUCUGCCUGAAGAAAGAGUGCAGAUAAUGGAACACAACAAUAAUCUGACUGAAGAAAUAAAGCAGUUAAGGAAUGACAAGAACCGACUGCAUAGUUGGCUUUAUGAACAAGAUCAGCAAGGGGAACCCUUCAAAUGGAUUUACUACAACUUCAGUUUUUAUUAUAUUUCAUCUGAGAAGAAAAGCUGGAGUGACAACAGCAGAGAUUGUCAACAGAGAGGAGCAGAACUGGCGAUCUUAAACAAAGAUGGGGAACAAUGGGGGCUACUGUGUUUUUCCAAGUACUGCUCACUGCAGAGCCAAAUGACCUCCAGCUCCCCCUCUCUGGAUGUCCAGCUCCAACUCUGUGUGAACGAGGAUGGAGCUCCGCCAUGUGGUCAUGAAGAAUGA